AUGGUACUCUCGACGCAGAUUGCGCGCGUCUCGGAUGGACUGCCACUCGCUCAGUCAGUGGACGAUAGUGCAGUCGACAGUGCGCUCUCCGAGUACAAGCAACAAGCAAAGCUGCUCUUCAGGCGUAUCUCACCUCAAGCAGAGCCAAGAUGCACGAUCGAGAGCGGUCCAAAGUACACCCUCCACUACCAGAUCUCGCCCGUCCCUCCCGGCAGGCCCGAUGCGGUCGUAUUUCUCGUCAUCACUGACAGGAGCUAUCCAAGAAAGCUGGCCUUUUCCUAUCUCGAUGAGCUCGCCAAGGAAUUUGAAAGGUCGUACGGAGCGCAGGUGGGCCAGAGGAAUCUGAGACCUUUCGCGUUCGUGGGGUUUGGUGAGUAAAUCCAUGCGCUAGCAGUAUCUGUUCUGCAAUGGCACAGGGAACGGUCCCACUUAAUGAGAGUUUCUGGCAUAUUUGGUAUAAUGUCGUGAUCCGAUCAGACACUUUCAUGCAGAGAACAAAGCGAUUGUAUGCGGAUACCAGGACGGCCCAAUCAGCGGUAGAGGAGAAGAGCGGGAGCAAUCUGAGCAGAUUGAACGAAGAUCUGCAGGAUGUGUGAGUCUGGCAUGGCGAGCGUCGGGCGUGAGGAUUUGGUCCUAACAAAAACGCUUUCACUACUCUUAGUGCCUCCGUCAUGACCAAGAACAUGGAGGAUUUGCUAUGGAGAGGCGAGACGCUAGAUCGUGAGUACCUCUCACGCACUCGGGCUGUCAGCGACAGCUGUUAGGUCUGCUGACCCUUCUAUGGCAUACUCGGACAGAGAUGUCAACCAUGUCUUCAUCAUUGAGGGACGAAUCCCUCAAGUAUCGCAAGGCUGCCAAGCAGAUCCGUAUCGACGCUCUCAUCCGUCAAUAUGCCCCGUAAGUGUGCCAAUAGCCAAAUGAUGGCCAAUGCCUCGGUCUUGCCAAGGGAGUGUAAACUGCUCAACGUGCUCACACCUACGACCGCAAUCUGCUCUACCAUGCGCAUUGUUAUUCGCUCAGAAUCGGAGCAGUCGCGUUCUUGAUACUGUUCGUGCUUUGGAUCAAGUUCUUUUGA